GAAAAAUCCGAGAUAUACAAGUUGUGAGACUCAUAAUGGAUACUAGAUCCUGCAAGUUUCAUUGCCCUGUGACAUCUCCUCUGGCAGUGAGGGCGUUGCGAAGUUGCGACAUCUGAAGACCGUGCAGAGGUUCACUUAUGACGUCAUAGGUCAGUGACCUGACCUGACCCAAAAAUGCGGUUGGUGUCAAAAGAUGCGGCUUGGAUCAAAGGAUGCUUCAACACUACUAGUGAGCUGUUUCUUCAGCUGAUCUGAUGCUAUAGUUUUUGUGCAAGGUCAGCACAUGGUUCAGCAAGCAUGUCUAACGAGUAUGAGUCGGCGUUUGAGGGUGACAGUGAGGUGGAGGCGCGGCACCGGCGCCGCAGGGACCUCGCCGAGAAGCCGCGCCGCCCGCCAGCCGGCCGGCCGGAGGGCGCCCAGUUCUCCGAGGAGCGUGCCAAACACGAGGGCCGCGUGCGCCGGCUGCACUACCUGGCGCUGAACGCCUACGACCGGCACAAGGAGCUCAUCAACAACUACCACCUGUACCACCCGGGCGCCACGGCGGCGCUCCAGCGGGACACCAGCCGCGACCGCAAUGACUAUGACGUGCUCCGCGAGCAGCACCGGUUCGUGUGGACGACAGAGGACGCCACCGACUCGUGGGAGCGCCGCCUGGCCAAACGCUACUACGACAAACUCUACCGCGAGUACUGCAUCUGUGACCUGACCUACUACAAACUGAACCGGGUCGCCAUGCGCUGGCGGACCGAAAAGGAGGUGGUAGCGGGCAAAGGUCAGUUCACAUGCGGUAGUAAGCACUGUUCCGCCAAAGAGUCGCUCACCUCCUGGGAAGUCAACUUCUCGUACGCGGAACACGGCGAACAGAAAAACUGUCUCGUCAAACUGCGUCUUUGUCCCGAGUGCUCCCGUAAGCUCAACCAUUCAAAACAAAGAAGGAAGGCGAAAGUUUAUACGAAAAAGAAAUCCAAAAAGGACAAAAAGUCACACAAGGUGGCCAGUGAUAAACAAGAUGACGGGCCCGAGGCGGGCCCCUCAGACCGUGCCCCACCCAGUAUCAGUGGUGCCAAGGACUCGGUCACACCGCAGGGGGAUGACAUAUGGAAACAGCCCGCUGUUGUGGAAGAGGAAAAGACCAGAGACGAAGAGUUUGACGAGUUCUUGGCGGAUCUCUUCAUGUAGGCGUGCAUUCAGUGUAUGGUUACUGCGCUCGAAAUGUGUUUGAACUGUGUAUUCAUUAUGUGUGCUGUCGCAAGAGCUUGCUAUGCUGCUUUAUAUUCGUCUGAAUAAGGCACUUGAUUCGUUUGGUUUUCAGGGAAAUGUUGUGUUUGGCUGUCAACUAACGCAUAUAGCCGAAUUAUGUUUGUGCUCGGCCUGUGGUCGAUUAUUAUUUUUAUUGUUAAAAUGACCUGUUUGUUGGCAAUUUGGAAAAGUACCCAUUGAGAUGCGUUAUAAACAACGAUGUAGCAUCAAUAAAUGCAUAAGGCUGCAA